GAGAGACACGUCAAACUACGUCACUUCCGCACAUGCGCCCUCCGCUCGUUGGCACCUCGACAGAGCAGCGGUCGUCGAAAGACGGAAAAGCGAGUCAAACAUGCCCGCGGCUAGCUAAACCUCGCCAAAUAUCACCGCGGUCGCAAUCCGACGACGAGGAAUGAAUAUUGUGUGACGAAAUAGUGAGCGAGCGACGGUCACAGGAACACCAAAACGUCCAUUUGAGCGCUUCGGCUACCUGACCAACGAGCCAUUUUGCCUUAGUCGCAAGGAAGGAAGGAAGGAAGGAAGGAAGAGUCGAGUCACCGACUGAAAAACACCCCGAGUGAGACCAUGAAUCCCGAAUACGACUAUCUGUUCAAGCUGCUGCUUAUCGGGGACUCCGGAGUAGGCAAAUCCUGCCUGUUGCUGCGCUUUGCGGACGACACCUACACCGAGAGCUACAUCAGUACCAUCGGAGUGGACUUUAAGAUCCGGACGAUUGAACUCGACGGCAAGACCAUCAAACUGCAAAUUUGGGACACGGCAGGCCAGGAGAGGUUUCGCACCAUCACUUCCAGCUACUACCGCGGCGCGCACGGCAUCAUCGUUGUGUACGACGUGACAGACCAGGAGUCGUACAGUAACGUCAAACAGUGGCUCCAGGAAAUCGACCGUUACGCCAGCGAAAAUGUCAACAAGCUUCUGGUGGGCAACAAGUGCGACCUGACCACUAAGAAAGUGGUGGACUACACAACAGCCAAGGAGUUUGCGGACUCUUUGUCCAUCCCCUUCCUGGAGACGAGUGCCAAGAACGCCACCAACGUGGAGCAGUCCUUUAUGACCAUGGCGGCGGAGAUCAAGAAGCGCAUGGGCCCCGGGGCCACGGCGGGCGGCGACAAGCCCAAUUUAAAAAUCGAGAGCACCCCCGUCAGGCAGUCGGGAGGCGGCUGCUGCUAAGGGCGCUCGGCUCGGCCCGGCCCGCCUUCGCCGUCUCCGCUCUCCUCCGAUUUUUCUCCCCGUGGUUUUCCUCACUGUGCCUCCCUCCGCGAUCUCCCAUCUUUCCACCGCACUCAUCUCAUCUCAUCCGUCAGGAUCAGGGCGACCGGCCGGGUCACCGCGGGAGUCCUCUGGUGAAGUACAGGUUCCCACCGCACAGAAGAUAAUUGCUGUUGUUGGCUUUGGUAGAAUUGUGAUUUUAUUUUUUAGGUUUUUUUCUUUUUUUUUUUUUUGACUUUCUCACACACGCACACUUUUGCCGGUUGUCAAGGUUAGCAGUUAUUCCCCGCCCCACGUUCCGGCGCCCGCCGUUCUUUUUUUCUUGUUCCGGUCGGCCAGCUUUGGCACCCCUUUUUGCUCGGGGCAGUUUCACGCCCACUACGGAUACGAAAUCGGAUUCAUUCCGACGUGCCUCAACUCAAAUAGAGGAAGGCGGUGGCAAUUGUUUCCGUCCAAAACGAGAUGGUCGCUUUGACAACCCCCACCCUUUGUAGAAUAGCGCUCGGGGGGGGGUCGCACACUUGGAAGAUGGUUGGUAGUUCUACGUAGAAAUGAGUCCACAUAGACGCGAUGUCUGCGUUGAUAUCUUUAGAGCACUUUGAUAGUAGUAUUUUUUUUUUUUUUUUUUACGACUUGAGCUCAUUCUCGAGUCAUGUCGGGACUCUGAAAAUUUGUGAUGAUUCACCAAGUCCCCCCCCCUCGUUUUUUUUUUUUUUUCAUCGUUGUCUUUCUGGCCCCCGCUGACGGGUUUGGAGGACGUGGACGUUGGAGGACUGACUGGUCUUGUUUUUUUUUUUUUUUUUUUUUCUUUCCCAGACGAGAUAUGAUCUCCCCAUUCUCACCUCAGUCCUGCCAAACUCUUCAGCGUCCCCUCUGCCUACGGAUUAGCGGAGGAACGGGUCCGUCGUCGGGACGAUAGCAUUCUACUCGUGAGCCUUUUUCAUCGGCGGUCAGCUUUUCGGUUUCGUCGUGUGUUUUGUUGUUGUUUUUCGCGAACCGAUCUGUUUGAACGUCGCCGCAUUCCGCCGGUUUCACGCCAGAGGAUGUUGCGCUUUGAUGGCCGGUGAAACUCGCCCUUCUUCUGAUUUUUCCAACAUCUUCAUUGAUCGUUUACCGCGGGGUGUGUAAUCUUAAAACGCUUUUCUUCUUUUCAUGCACUCAUGAGGAACUUGUAUACACACACAAACUGGGCACCUGCUGUUCAACGUUUUGCUUUUUUUCUUGUUUUUUUUUCGGCUUGUUCUCUUGGUGCUGUCUCCUGCUGAUUUUUGACGUUUGUCUGUACAUAUUAUAAAUAUCUAUAUAAUAAAAUUAUCA